UGUGAAGUUCAAGAUUGGCGCCAUAUGUUUGGUUCUUCCUGUCGCGACCUGUUGGAGAAAUGUAAACAAACAGGAAGGCGGGAAACAGUAAGCAGUGAGCAGGGCUGAGUGUGGAGGAGCAGUAGGAGGGUUAAAAAGGAGGUGUUGCCGCUCAUCACCACAGCACCAUGCCAAAGAGACGCAGCAUUGUCACGGAGAACUCGGAGGAUAUCUUUACCAGUCAGAAAAGGAAGAAAGCUUUGUCCCGCAAGAAUGACGAGGAGGACAGCAAUGUGCUGCGGGUCAACUCACUGUUCGGGGAGCUGGUCAGCAAGGCCGGCUACAUCCUGCAGAAGGACAACCUGCCAAACCUACUGAGUUGUGAUCAAGCUGUUUUUCAAAAAGACCUGACAUACAGCCUGAAGUCUCAUCCUGUCUUCCGUCUACCUGAAAUUGCUGAAAAAUUUGUGAAGGGACUGGAAGACCAUGUUGAAGACCCACAGCGGCUCAAGUGGUCCCUACUGUAUACCCAGACUGUAAAUGACUGUGAGACUGCCCGGGGUGGCCAGCAGGACUCUCUCAUCCGGCUGUGCCUCAACAUAGAGGAGCUCCAGCCGUGCCUCAUCCAGCUGCUGACAGAGAAGCUACUUGAGGCUGCAAAUGAUGAUGAGGCAAGCAGUGAUGCUAAUAUUCCAAGUUUGAUACUGGCAAACUUGAAGUGGUUGGACUAUAUAGUUGAUUCUGACACACUGACAACCAAGAUUGUGGAAAUUAUUGAAGGUUCUCCUCUCAAGGUUCAGCAAGAAGUCAUAACUUACGUUCCCAGCAUUGUGAAUGAUGCAAACCAUCCCAAACUGGCUGAGGUGUUCUGUGACCUUUAUGACACCACCCCUGAGCUCACCCCUGCCAUACUGGACACCCUAGGACACCUGACCCUGCCCAAGGAGAGUGUGGCAGAGGUGUUCCAUUCUGUCCUGAAGACCCUGCAUGCCGCCAGACCUGAGCAGCUGCAUGUCAUUGUCAAGUUCCUGCUCACCAAUACUCAGCCCUCCGUGGCUUACCAGGUUCUAAGUGACAUUCGAGAAAAGAUUAACCUUCCCGGAGACUGCCGGCCAACCAGACUGUCCCCCAAGAAAUCCAUCAGCAGCAGUAUUCCCUCCACAGCCAAAGAUGAUCCUGCUUAUGAAACACUGCUUCUUAACAACAUCAAGAUGGCAAUUAUUACAAACAAGUUCCUGGCCACAAAUUGGUUGAAGGCCAUCCAGGAUGUGUGUAAUGUGGCCAGCGUGAGGCCCAUUGACUUCCUGGUGCUGCUGAUCCUGUACGAUGCCGUGCCCUCUCAGCGACACCCGAUUGAGAGCAUCUUCAGGAACAAAAUACGGACAGGACUCUUCUCGGAUGCAGUUCUGGGGGAAAUAUUUGCUAAACAUAUUGUUGCUCUAAAAGAAAAUUUUAAGUCCUUGAAGAAGAUUUCCAGUUUACUCUUGAGAUCUCCAGAGCCUCUUGUGAGCCAGACUGCAGCUACUCUGUACAAGUUAUCUUUCCUACAUUUGGGUGGCCACUACAGGCAGGAGUCCAUGCUGGCCCUCUUGAACCACCUGGGGGACAGCUCAGUAGUGAGGCACACAGCACUCACCCUGCUGUCCACACUGGCCCACAAACACACUGCUGACAUGUCAAAGUUCACCAUUUUCAUCAAGGGCUCCAUGGAGAUGAUGGAUGAGCUGAGCAUGAGGGAAGUGAAAAGGCUGCUAGAUGUGGUGAUCCUGCUGGUGUUCAGUGACAACUCACAUGCUGCCUUGCAGGAUGAACUCAUGAUUCUUGUGAGGAAGCAGCUGUGUCACACUAACCCAAAGUAUAAACACAUUGGGGUCUUGACAGCUGCACUCAUUGUGAAGAACAUGGUAAAUGAGGAAGAGGGUGACACAAGUUCUAACUCAACAGCAAGUGAGAGGUCCAUCAUGAACACCAGGGCCCUCAAGGAAGCUGAAAACCUGCUAUGUCUGGUGAUGUCCUCCACUGCCCACACACCAACGGCUGCAGCUUUGUUUAUGGAUGAGUUGGCUUCUAUAUCUCUCAGGGAAAAUAUGAAUCAUAAACUUGAGGAGUUUGUGUGUGACAAGAUGACAAAUGAAUUUCAAAACAACUUUGUGACAGAAAUUGAGCCCAGCACUACUUACCCAAAAGAACCAUUUGCAAUGGCUGCAUCUUGGAACCUGGAUGCUGGUGUUGAAGGGGCCUGCAUUGCCCUUAAUCUUGCUCCAUUGGUUGUUAAGGCAGAGUCUUCAAGGCUUGAGCCAAGUGAUAAAAAAACUAACUUGGUGUACCUCACACCACAAUUCCGUCUGCUGCGCAUGCUGGAGUGCCGCAUCCAGGAUGGUGACCUUGUCAGCAUUGAUGCCCUGCUGGGGUGUCCUGUCAUCAGUCCCGCUCCUGAGGUGUUUGACAACUUUGACUCCCUUAUAGUGUCAGAGCAACAUGUGGCACUUUCUUGCCUCUUUUACACAAUCAAUUGGUUUCGUGAGUUGCUGAAUGCUUUUGUCACGCAGAAGGACCGUGAAAUGAAGGACAGGGUAUAUAAACGUCUUGACCAAGUAAUAGAACUUGAAAACUUGAUUGCCAAGUACUUACCAAAGUGUCCCAACUAUGUGCCUCCAAUAGCAGUGUUUGAUGUGGACUGCUCCAUGGCCACACCCACGGUCAGUCUGAUCAACACCAAGAAGGCAAAAAGAGGCAGGAAGCCUGGAUCUGGGAAAGGAAAAGGUGCAAAGUCAAAAGGAAAAAAUGCCAACACAGACGCAACUCAGCUUGGGACUCAGGCGUGCUCUCAGCCUGUCAGCCAGGUGCCCCUGAGCCUGGCCUCUCAGUCACAUGCUAACAAGGAUUCUCCAGAGAAAAAUGCUGCACCAGAACCCACACUAGACAAGGCUUCCUUGCGUCCAUUCCUGCGUGAACUUCACUUUGAUGUGUUUUAUCUGUUGUUUAGGAAAUUGGCUCUGCACAUAGAUGUAGCAGGUGAGGGUCAGUUGACUCUUCCUGAGGCUGAAUUUCUGUUGACUGAUCUGAACUGCAAACUGGAACACAUCUUUGGAACCAGCAAUAAGCGAGCCUCAGUUCUUGGAAACUCUCAGGAAAAGAGUAUUGGUCACUCUCAUUUGGAUCUCUUCUCACCUGCUGAAGUUGCUGAGCACAUAAUACAGAUUCUGAAGCCUUUGUGUGUCCACUUGGAGAAAAUCAGCACAUUUUUCCAUACAAUGAUUGCUGACAACGAUGGCAUCAUGGACGCCCCAACCAUGUUCACCGAGAACACCCGACCCGUGAUCAAGGUGAACCUGCAACUCUUCAUGGCCCUGCAAUGCCUGCUCUCCUGGAAGGGACUGCAGCAGGAGGGAAAUAAAGAGAUCCUUUUAUCAAUCCUUCGUAUCAUUGCAAAGAAGCUCGAGGGAGAUGUUGUCAGCUCAAUGGAUCAAGAGGAACUUACCUCUGCUGUCUUCAGAUAUUUGUCCAACUUCCACGCUACCAUAGUGGAUCUAGGGACAGCCACGGUGCUGGUGCAGACCCUUGUGGCCAUCAUUGCCCUCCCGCAGCAUGAAGACUUCACUGACAGCCUCAUCCAAGUGAUUGAAGAGCUUCUGAAGAGAGAGUGGUACACAACAGGAGGUGAGAAGGAGAAAGGGGCACUCUUCCAUCAAAACCUUCAUGUCCUACUUCAGGAAUACUUGAAGCAAAGCAAGGACCCAUUAAAGCAAAUGGAAACCAUAUGCAGUGAAGGACUUGAACAAUUCCUAGCUGACAGCAGCAAAGACAGACAGUCUGAGAGCUUCCCAACACUCAACAAGAACUCUUUAUUUGUUUACUACAAAGCCAUCCUGUCCUUCUUGGUGAGUGGCACCAACAAGUCACUGUCAAUUGUUGGCUCGGCAUCAGAUGACAGUAGGAAGCGUCUGCUGAUAUGGAACACAGCCAUCAAGAUCUUGCACACCCAUGUCACCAUACUGAAGAAUUACUACUCCAGGCAAAUGCUGAGCACUUGCCUGAAGUUUGCCCGGCCUUUCCUGGAGUUCUUCUUGCGCAGUGCCAUGCCAUUGAUGGACACUUGCUUCCGGGAGCACAAUCAGGAUGUGGUGAUGCUGCUGAAGAGUGUCCAAGGCUCAACCAGAUUCUUGCAAAAUUUGUGCACCCACUCAAAGGUUAAGCAAGACACAACCCUGACCCGCUAUGUGCCGCCUCUGAGGAAGUCUUUGGAAACACUGGUGUAUCGGGUCAAGGCAAUGCUGGCCCUCAAUAAAUGCCAUAAUGCCUUCUGGAUGGGAAUCUUAAAGAACAGAGAUUUACAUGGGGAAGAAAUAUUAUCUCAGAGAUCCAUGGAAGAAUCAGAAGAAGAAGGCAAUGAGGAGGAGGAAGAGGUAGAAGACAAUGAUGAACAGUCUGAUGUUGAAAUUGAAGACGCAGGAGAACAAGCAUCAGCUGAUGAUGACAAAAUUACUGAUUAUAGUGAUAGUUUCUAAAGGUUAAGGAGUAAAGUUCAUGUUCCCUUUAAGGAGGAAUGAAGAAAAAUUGCUACUUUGAGGGAAAAGGAGAAGAUUCUUCAGCUCAAGGUACUGAAAGCAAAAUAAAAUUGGCAUCACCUGAAUUUCUACUUUCCAGUUACAACUGAUGUUAUUGUUCUCUCAGAACUUAGGGCAUUUUGUUUCCUGGCAUAUUUUUUUUUAUUUUCUUGAUCCAUGAAAUGGAAAUUUUACCUGCUACAUGCAGCAUUUAGAUGAGAGGAGCUGAUUUUUGUGUGUGAAUAUUAUACAUAUGGAGUUCUGAUUAAUAUCAGCAGUAUGAGCCCUUUAACAAGGCAAAGGCAAGUGCUGCCUCUGGAAAAGAUGGUCUGAAACCAAGCAAAGAAGUAUGAGAAGAUAGGAUUGUGUCACAAAUGCUUCCAUGGUUACACUAUAAUAUCCUUGAAUAAUAUAUAAACUAUUUCAUGUUAUAAUUCAGUCUACAGGUAUAUACAUUUGGUUUUACAACCUGUGUACAUUGCUGAUGUCUAGUUACACAUCAAGUGGAAUAUUUUAGUUUUAUACUCUUAUACUGGUGUUAUUAAAGUAUAUAUAUAUAU